UUUCAGUCGGACAGUUAAACCUUGAACAUAUGAUGGACCAGUUCAAGGGAAGCAGCCCCUUUGUGGUAUUUAUCAAUGGACAGAAGGUUGAAGAUGAUGCCAUUGAACCAGAAACUACAGUUCUUGAUUACCUUAGAACAAAGUUGCAUCUAGUAGGGAGCAAGAAGGUAUGUGGAGAAGGAGGAUGUGGUGCGUGCACAGUGAUGCUCUCUCAGUUUCAGCACCAGACUAACACUGUCAAUCACUAUAGUGUAAAUGCCUGCAUUACCCCAAUCUGUUACCUUCAUGGAAUGGCUGUUACCACUGUGGAGGGGAUUGGUCACUCAGAAAAACUACACCCAGUACAGGAGAGACUAGCCAAGGCUCAUGGUUCCCAGUGUGGUUUCUGUAGCCCUGGGAUGGUAAUGAGCAUGUACAGUCUGCUGCAUAACACUAGUGCACCUGGUAUCAAAGACAUUGAAGAUGCAGUGGAUGGCAACUUAUGUAGAUGUACUGGGUACAGACCCAUAUUGGAGGGUUUCAAAUCUUUUGCCAAGACAUGUGAUGGUUGCCCCAGUAACCAAUGUAAAGAAAACAGUUCUGGUGGAGAUUGUUCAAAGAAGCAGGUUAUAUCGGAACCCCUUUUUGACUUGGCUGGCAUGGAAAAGUUUGAAAAAAUUGAGACACUUGAAUUUCCUAAGGAAUUAAAAGACCCUGAGUUUCAGAAAUCUGUUAAGUUCUCAGGAUCACGGCUCAUUUGGUAUCGACCCACCCAUCUCACUGAGCUCCUGGAGUUAAAAACACAAUAUCCAGAUAUUGCAUUAGUGAGUGGUAUUUCACGUAUAGGACCAAAUGCAAAGAAGCCAGUUUUACCACAUUCUAAACUGGUAUCCACAAGUCAUGUUGCAGAAAUGCAGGGGUUUGAGGUCUUGGAGACAGGGGUGAAGGUUGGAGCUUCAAUGUCUGUGACCGCUUUGACUGAGAUUUUGAAACAACUUAUAGAGAAACAAGAAGAUCGAUCUCAAAUUAAAAGUUACCAAGCUAUUGUAGAUCAGCUGAAAUGCUAUGCUGGUCCUCAAGUCAGGAACAUGUCUAGUAUUGGUGGAAGCAUAUUGUCUUGCCAGUCAACUUCUGACUUGAGCACCAUGCUGAUGGCAGCCCAAUGCUCCUUGAAUAUACAAUCAAAAGAUAACAAGAGACAAGUAAUAUUUGAUGGAGAAUUCUACAAAGAUUCUGGCACAACUCUUGAACCUACAGAGGUUUUAACAUCUAUAGUUAUUCCUCAUACCAAACAGAAUGAGUACUAUGCAGCUUAUAAAGAAGGAGAGAGAAAUGCCAAUAACCUAGCAAUAGUCAAUGCUGCAUUCCGUGUGAAACUGCAGGAGAAUGAUCCAACCAUUGAUGAACUUGUUGCUGUGUUUGGGGGACUGGCUCCCACUGCUAAAUGUGUCAAUCUUGAAAAGUUCAUUGGACACACAUGGGAAGACAAACUAGUAGGUGAUGUGUAUGAUUUCCUUGCAUCAACUCUACUGCCUGCAGAAAAUAGAGAUACCGAUGAUUCAAGGUUUAAAAUCAAACUGGCUCAGGGAUUUUUCUACAAGUUCUACUUAUCAGUGGUAUUAGCAUUGAAAAAGAAAGGUGUUGAUGGCAUUGAUAUACCUAGCUCCAUGGAGCCUUUCAGUACCACACUAGACCCUGGUAGUUUCCAGAGUAUUCAGCUUUAUGAGAGUGUACCCUCAGGGCAGCCAGUGGAUGAUCCCCUAGGGCGACCAGUUGUACAUAAAUCAGCCAUUUUACAGACCACUGGGGAGGCUACGUAUCUAGAUGAUAUCCCACCAUUUAAAAAUGAGCUCCACAUGGCGAUGCUACUGAGCACUAGGGCCCAUGCCAAGGUCAUGAAGGUGGACACAGCAGAUGCACUGAAACUACCAGGUGUAAGGGCCUACAUCGAUCAUACUGAUGUAACAGGAAGUAACCAGUUUGCUGAAGAUGAAGUUGUGUUUGCAGAAGAAGAUGUCCAGUACCAAGGGAAGGUGAUUGGAGCUAUCAUAGCAGAGAACAAAGUGGUAGCACAAAGGGCAGUUAGGACAUUACAAGUGCAAUAUGAGGACCUAGUCCCUUGUCUGACAAUACAAGAUGCUAUCAAAUUAGAACGGUUUGCCAAACCAACAAGGCAAAUUAUAAAUGGAGAUGUAGACAGUGUCAUGGCAAACUGUGAUGUCAUCCUUGACGAUGAGAUGGUAGUUGGGGGACAGAAACACUUUUACUUUGAACCUGUCAGCGCACGCUGUAUUCCUGGAGAUGGAGGAGACAUGGAAGUAAUGUGUUCAUCACAAAAUUUAAGCGGUAUCCAGAGUGCCGUAUCGACUGGACUAGGAGUUGCUGCACACAGAGUAGUGGCGAAAGCACAGAGAAUAGGAGGAGGAUUUGGGGCCAAGAACGCCCAGCCGAAAUAUGUGGCUGUCCCUUGUGCUGUAGCAGCUAAUAAAUUGAAGUGUCCUGUGAGGUGUGUGCUGGACCGCAGUGAAGAUAUGCAAGUCAUUGGAGGUAGACACCAACUACUAGUCAAAUACAAGGUUGGAUGCUCCAAAGAUGGUGUGCUGCAAGCCUUGGAUGUGACUGUUUACUACAACUGUGGUGCCAAUGCUAACUACACUGGGUCGGUUCUUGAAAAGACCCUAUUUGAGGUAGGGAACUGUUACAAGGUGCCUAAUGUAUGGGUGACUGGACGCUGCUGCCUCACAAACAUCACACCUUCUAACACCAUGAGAGGACUGGGAGUGCCAUCUGUCAUCCUUGUAGCCGAGAAAUGGAUGAUGCAACUUGCUGCAAAACUCAAUAUAUCUGGUGAAGAGCUUCGACAACGUAACUUCUACAGAGAAGGUGACCACACUCACUACAACCAGUUGCUAGAGGGGGUCACCCUAGAGAGAUGUUGGAAUGAGUGCAUGGACUCAAGUCAGUAUGUGCAAAGGAAGAAAAAUGUGGAACAGUUCAACAAAGAAAAUAACCUAAAAAAGCGUGGAAUAGCAUUGAUGCCUUUGAAGCAGGGUGUUGGGUUUAACAAACUAGUUGCAUACCAGGGGGCAGCACUGGUGCAUAUCUAUACAGAUGGCUCUGUAAGACUCACGCAUGGUGGUGUUGAAAUGGGCCAGGGUUUACAUACCAAAAUGAUACAGGUUGCUGCAAGAACCCUUGGUAUCCCAGUAGACCUUGUAUACAUCAGAGAGACCAGUACAGACCUUGUACCUAACACAAUACCUACUGGGGGAAGUAUGAACUCUGACCUUUAUGGGACAGCAACAUUGAAUGCUUGUAUAACAUUAAAAGAAAGACUUCAGCCAUAUAUAGAUGCAGCUCCCAACUCCAGUUGGAAGGAAUGGGUGAGAGCUGCCUACAUGGAUAGAGUGAGUUUGUCAACCACAGGCUUCAAUAAGAUCCCCAUAUCUGGUUUUGACUGGAAGACCCUGAGUGGGGAAGUAUACACAUACUAUGCCUAUGGAGCGGCUUGCACUGAGAUAGAACUUGAUUGCCUCACUGGGGCCCACCAGAUUCUGCGUACAGAUAUUAUGUAUGAUGUUGGCACUAGUUUGAACCCAGCUAUAGACGUCGGCCAAAUAGAGGGCGCCUUUGUGCAAGGCAUUGGCCUGGUGACCUCCGAGAAAGUCAGCUAUGAUCAAAAUGGCCGUCCAAUGUCAACUGGUACCUUCACUUACAAAGUUCCAACUUCAAAAGAUAUCCCAAAAUCAUUCAAUGUGACAUUAUUGAAAGACAGUCCCAAUAGGCUACAGAGGGCUGUGUACUCAUCAAAGGCUGUUGGUGAGCCACCACUGUCUCUCUCUGCGAGUGUCUUUCUUGCUAUACAUCAUGCAGUCAUGGCAACCAGGAAAGAUGUCACACAGGAGAACCAAAUAAGGUUUGAUAGUCCAGCCACAAAGGAGAAUAUCCGACUUGCAUGUGGGAACAUGUAUUGAAACUCUCUGAACCAUUGUACUUCAAACUGGCUGAAGAAAUAUGACGUAAUAUAUGGAACUAACAAACUUUUAUCGAUUAUGAAUAUUGUGAUUUUAUGAAAUCAUGUGACUUUUAUAGAAAUUUUUAAAAAAAAAACCUGGAAUCAUAUUUUGCCUAAAUAUUUUAAAUAAAACUGUGGACAUGCCUCUAUAAAGAACAUUUUUAGUUUUAUAAUCCAACAAAAAGAAGUCCUAUGGGGAUAAAGAGAAGCUGUCAUUUUUAUUAUAAAAUAGUGAUUAAGUCACCACCAUGAAUGGUAUAUAUUGUUAUAGUCUCUCAAGUUUUUUGUGGACAGCGGUUGAUGGAUGGUGUUUGGCAGCCGGUGUUUGAAACAAAUACUUACAACUUCCAAUAAAUUAACAAGUACUGUCAAAAGUAAUCUGUACAUCAUUCAAGAA